AUGGAGCGGGUUGAGUCUGAUCACAACCCGUUGUUCAUCAAAUGUGGUGAUAGUAUCAGGGUCAAGAGACCAUGGAGAUUUCAGAACAUAUGGCUGGAGGAUGCAAGGUUCUAUGAAGGGUUAGAGACAUGGGUCAAAAUUCCGUUGAGAGGCUAUGGUAGGGUGUUCCGGUGGGUCAUGAGAUUACAGGAUUUGAAGUGGCAAAUUAAGGAUUGGAACAAGAAUGUUUUCGGAAACAUAAAUCAAUUAGUGGAAGACUCUUUGGGGAAGAUUAAGGCACUGGACCUGCUGGAGGAGGCACGCAGCCUGAGUGAGGAGUAG